UCCGCCCGUCCGGGUCACGUGGCGAGGCCGCCGCCACGGCCGUCACCACGGCGGGCGGCUGCACUCGACCGCCGCCGCCGCCGCCGCCGCCGCCGCUGCCGCGCCCCCGGACGGGCCGGGCCCUGGCUCCUGCCCCCCACCGCGGCCACCCCUGCUGCUUUCCUGUCCCCUGGGACGUUGGGGGUCGGGCAGGGCGGGACAUGGGUGACCGGAAGUGGGAGUUGUGAGCGUCGCCGCUCGGGGCGGGGAGGGCCGAGGCGCCGUCGGGCCUCCGCGACUCACGCAUGGAGAGGGCUGGGCGUCGGGCUGCGCACCGACCGCUAACCGGGACGCGCGGGCUCUGCGGGGCAGAGGCUGUGCUGAAGCGACCGGCCUCUUCAGGCGCGGGAACAUGAGGCUAGGCUCGGGGCCCGCGGCGGGCGUGGCGCGCGGUGUGCGGGCCUGCCCGGGUCGCGGGUGAACGGCGCGGAGCCCCGGGACUUGGUAAUUGGCGCGAGCGCGCGCGCGCAUGCGCGGGCCGGCGGCACGUGGCGGGGCGCAGGGCGGCACCGCGCGGGAAGCGCCGCGGUGUUCUGGAAGUCCGCGGGCCUGGCGACCUCCUGCCUCCUGUGCCGGGCCUAACGGAGGCCGGCACCACCAUGGGUCCCACUCUGCAGCCCCCACCUGGUCCCUGUAGCCCUGAGCAGCCGGGAAGGGGCCCGCGCGGGUCUUGUUUAUCCUGGGGUGGGCCCUGGAGCCAGCCUGUCCUGAGUACCCGCCCUCGCGCGGCUUAGUGGCCUCUCCCUGCAGCCCGUCGUUGUUGGCGGCGGCAUGGUCUUCUGUCUGGAGAACGAGGAGCCGCGCCGCCCGCUGCGGAGCACCAUGGUCCAUUUCCAGGCCUCGGAAGUCCAGCAGCUGCUACACAACAAGUUCGUGGUCAUCUUGGGGGACUCAAUCCAGCGGGCUGUGUACAAAGACCUGGUGCUUCUGCUCCAGAAGGACUCACUGCUCACAGCUGCCCAGCUGAAAGCCAAGGGGGAGCUGAGCUUUGAACAGGACCAGCUGGUGGCCGGGGGUCAGCUGGGUGAGCUGCACAACGGGACGCAGUACCGAGAGGUCCGCCAGUUCUGCUCGGGUUCUGGCCACCACCUUGUACGCUUCUACUUCCUCACCCGCGUUUACUCUGAGUACCUCGAGGGAGUCCUGGAGGAGCUGACUUAUGGACCUGCCCCAGACCUGGUGAUCAUCAACUCCUGCCUCUGGGAUCUCUCCAGGUAUGGCCGCUGCUCGAUGGAGAGCUACCGAGAGAACCUGGAGCGGGUUUUCGUGCGCAUGGACCAGGUGUUGCCAGACUCCUGCCUGCUGGUGUGGAACAUGGCAAUGCCCUUAGGAGAGCGUGUCACUGGGGGUUUCCUUCUGCCUGAGCUCCAGCCCCUGGCGGGCUCUCUGCGGCGGGAUGUGGUGGAAGGGAACUUCUACAGCGCUACGCUGGCCGGGGACCACUGCUUUGAUGUCCUGGACCUCCACUUUCAUUUCCGACAUGCAGUACGGCACCGUCACCGGGACGGUGUCCACUGGGACCAGCACGCCCACCGCCACCUCUCACACUUGCUUCUGACCCAUGUGGCUGAUGCCUGGGGUGUGGAGCUGCCCAAGCGUGACUAUCCCCAUGACCCGUGGAUUGAGCACUGGCCAGAGCUGGAUCAUCUCUUCCAGGGGAGCCACGGGCAGCCCUCAGACUUCAGGGAGCAGCUGGCCUUGCCCCCACCUUCUCCUUUACCCCCUCCCAUGCCUUUUCCCUACCCUCUUCCUCAGCCCUCCCCACCUCCUCUGUUUCCACCCCUGCCCCAGAAUCCCCCUUUUUUCCCAGGCCCGCCCUUCCCACCCCGUGAAUUCUUCAGUGUUAAUCCAACGGAAGACUUCUCGAUGCCACCCCACUUAGGAUGUGGCCCUGGAGCGAACUUUGUGCCUGGCCCCCUGCCUCCUCCAGUCCCCAGCCCUGUCCCCCAUGGUCAGCACCGGGGCCUGGCCAUCCAUCGGGGGAUGCCACGCUGUGUUCAAAACAGCCCCUACCAUGUGCCGCGAAUGGGAGCGCCCUGCAGGCAGCGUCCCAGACACUCAGAUAGGCUGAUCCACACAUACAAACUGGACAGACGGCCUCCUGCCCAUUCAGGGACAUGGCCUGGGUAGACUGGAUCUUGCGCUGGGGCUGGAUAUGCCGGUGGUCCUGCAGUGCCUGCUUGCCACCCCAGGUGCUGGGCCAGAAUAUCUUGCUGUGCCUGGCAUUGUUGUUGUCCAUUGCUGUCACCAAUAAAGGCAUGGAAGAACAGAGUGGCAUCUUUCUGUGUAAGGGAGUGGGUACCCAACCAUGAUCUUAAAGGCUGGGGAGGCUGCCUCUGGGCUCUCUGCAACCUUGGACCUUUUAACCCACACUGUUUAGAAAUCAAUGCAUCCUUCCUACUGUCUCACACACUCAUUUACACCCUCACCAGAACACGUGUACUUAACAAAGACCCUGGAGAGGUUCCCUGUUGUCAGCCCCUCUUUGGGAUUGGGAAAUAUCAAGGGCUACAUUGAAAUUGUCCAUAUUUUAUAUGGAAUUUGGAAUCUGGCUAGUUCUCACCUAUAUCAGUCUCACUCAUUCAUGUGUAUGUUCAGUGUUCAUCUGCUCCUGGAGAUAAAAGACAAAUACCUUACCUUUCACAAUUUCUUGACAAAUGGUACGCACUCAGUAAGUGGUUGGAACUAAAGAAGCUCCCAAGCCCAAGUGGGAGACUGAUAAGAAACCCACUACUUAAUAGAUACACUAUGCAGUGGGAGCAAAGUGAACACAGACCAACUUCUUUGGUCGGUGGGCGGUAGAGGAGGAGCCGAGGGAGAGUUCCAAGGUGGGAAGUAGGGAGCUGUGCCAAACUCCAUAAGGAAGUUAAAGAAAGAGAACAGUGUCUCAGCUUUGACAAAUGAUCUUGACUACGAAGCAUCAAGGGUGCAGUGUGGGUUAAAUGUACUGAGGUGGGGGAUGGAGCUUGGCAGUGGGCUGAUCAGGAAAACAAGGAAACACAGAGACCAACUAGGUAAUCUUCAAGUGGAAUAUGAUGGAAGAGAGG